GCAGCGGGUCUGACCGACACGUGACUGGAGUCCCAGAAGAGAGGAGCCUGGAUGGGGCACACAGUGUGGAGAAAUGACUGAAGAUUUCCCAGAUUUGGUGAAAGGUUUCAAUGUCCGGAUUCUCGGAGCUCCGUGAACUGCAGGCAGAAGUAAAAAGGAAAGCUCGCUUAGGCUCAUGGUAGUCAAGGUGCUAAAAACCAACAAAAAAGAGAGUAUCUUGAAAGCGCCCGGAGGAAGAGAGGACCCAUUCCGUAUAUACGGUCACACGAGAUGUGCCGGCCUUCUCUGCAGAAACUGUGAUCUCUUCAGAGUUCGGGGGGGGGGCGGGGCAGUUAACCCAGAAUUCUUUAUCCGGCCAAAAUACCCUUUGAGAAUAGAAGUGGAAUAAAGAGGUUUUAGUUACAAUAGCAGAACAUUUGUCAUCAACAGAUUUCUGUAAAAUGCUGAAUCACCCAAGGAUGGUCCUUCAGACGGAACGGAAGUGGCACCGUGUGAAUACUCAGGUCUUCGGGAAGGAAGGGAAAAGACUAGAAAUGAUUGAAUGGGAGGUAAAAAUAGGAAUUUUCCUUUUCAUUCCCUUGAAAUACGCAGGACGGCCGGAAGCAAAAACCACAGCACAGAUGGGGGUUUACGCUGUCUGGAGAGGUGAUGCGUGUGCCGCCUGUAGCGUGAAGGGACUCGGGGGCAACCACACGCGGACGUUUGCAAUGUUCUUGCUGUUGUGCUGCGCUGACACCCCCAGACUGAGAAACCAGUGUGCCAUGAACUCUGCAGAGCGGCUGCUUACGAAAUGAUGCUGAAAAGCCAGCAUAUAAAUUAAAACGGAGUGCAGCAAAACAGCAUUCAGUCCGCUUAGCCAAAAGUGGGCAGGAAGGAGGGGGCCGACAGAAAGCAAGUAGUAAUGUGGCCGCUGUGGUGCCAGCCGUGUAAGGAGUCACGCUACAUGUACGUGGACAAAACACUGCAGUGAGAAGGGAUCAGCAGAACGGUUGAAGAGCCACUGAUGUGGACCGUCUGAGAGCAGCACCCUUUUCUUUUUUCAUGUUUGUUUCUUUUUGAGAGAGAGCACGAGCAGGGGAGGGGCAGAGAGAGGGGGACAGAGGAGCUGAAGCAGUCUCUGUGCUGAGAACAGCGAGCCCGGUGCCCGGUUCGAACUCGCGAACCGUGAGAUCAUGACCUGAGCUGAAGUGGGACACGUAACUAACUGAGCCCCCCCCCCUCCCCCGGCGCCCCAAGAGCAGCACUCUUAAAAUAGGACACGGUGGGUUGAAAACGGGCGGGUCAAGAUCUGUUGUGCCAGCAGGGAGCCCGAGUCGGCAGGGGUGAGCCUAGCAACAGCAGGUAGAGGAGACCUCAGGAGGAGCGUGAUGGAGGGCUUGUGGCCGAGGGGUCGCGCCGCACGAGUGCUCGGGCGAAGUACUUUUCAUCUCACUGGAGAGCGAGGGCUUGUUGGGGCCCGGGGUCUUGGAAGGAUCUGGUAUCCUGGGGCAGGUGCAGGCCUGGCAGGUGAGGGCCCUCCGGGGACGGCCUGCCGCCCAGGACUGGACGGGGGGGUGGGGUCAUGGGCUGGCCCAGGGAUGGGUUAACAGAGGGCCGGUGGUUGGGGUUGGCUGGCCGGCCCCACGCGUGCAUCUCAGGAUGUGGUGCAGUACGACAAGCCGGAGCCCCUCUCUGCGUCCCCUGCCACGCAGGGACAGGUCAGCCAGUCACCACUCUCAGGAAAGUACACCGUACAGGUGGCUCAGCAGCUGGGGAGAUAGAGCAGCAGUGGCGUGCCCGGCUGGGUGGGGAGGCCUCUAGGGGGUGCCCCCCUCGGAGCUGCAACAGGAACCAGGCGGGGGUAGGGGGGAGACUGCAGGAGGUGUGAAGAGACCACACUCCCAUGUGCCUGGAGCAGCGGGGCCAGGCCGCGGGAGGGAGGCCAGGAGUGGCAGGUGGCCUGGUGUGCGCGUGAGUGGAUUCUGCAAGGGGCCGCGUGCCUCCAGGCCAGUCGGUGUGGGUGAAGUUGUGCCGUUUUAAAAGCCACCUUCGGAGUCCGUGAACCCUGGGGUGAGAAUGCUUUCCGCUCUUUGUGAAAAGCUGGCUGUGUCGUCCACGCGGAGCGGUUUGGUCGGCGGUCCUUUCCGGCGAUCGCAUUGCUGGACAACGUGCUCCUGCACGUGGGCACUGGGGGCCGGCCUGGGCGGCUGUCACUGUCCCCUCUGCCCGCCUGUGGUGCAGAGGGGCGAGGCCCCAGGCCUGCCGAGAGACCGUAGCGCUCAUAGCUUCUCGUUCCCUGGAGCAGCAGCACGCUGUCUCUGCUCACUUGGAACACGAGCACGAUUCACCACCCUUCCUAACGUUCUCUGCGGCGUAGAGGUCAAAGCAGACACCUCGCAUCGUGGACUGCGUGCGGGCACGUGGGUGACGAUGCGGGCGGUGUUUCGCCUUGCCACACAAGUUUAGCUCUAAUGCGCCCUGGUACCCCGUUUCCCGGCGCCCGCGGUGGUUCGGGGCACUGGCCAAGGGGUUGCUGGCGUGCCCAAGCACCUUUCAUUUUCUAAGUAAACUUUUCAUUGAAGUAGGACACGGAGAGGUGCGUGACGGAAGUCUCCAGCGGGGUGACCUUUAACCAGCGAGCCCCAUCCAGAUCAAGAACAGAACAGGCCGAACUUCCCAGGGGUGACCGCCACCCUGGCUUCUGCCAGUAGAGACUCCGUGUAAAUGGAACCCACUCCUGUGUGUGCUCCUGCGGCUGGCGUGUGCGGGGCCCGGCUCGUGCACCGCUGCAUUGCGCAACCCAGCUGCUAUGCGGGCUCUGCCGCACGAGCGUGCCUUUCCACUGGCAGUGGCGUUGGGUCUGUGCGAUAGCGAUAGCGGAGGCGGGGGCCUCCUCCUUUGUCCCUUUGGGGCCAGGGCAGAUUACCUAGCCACUGCCCCCUCCUGGAAAAUGGGCACGAGAGUCCCUGCCUCCCUGGGCAGCGAGGAGGAUCAGAUGAGAGGGAGUACCAGGGGCCAGAAAGAGCACCUUCGCUCCAGCUAAACACGUACCGAUGCUCCCCCUCUCGUUGGCUCCUCGGUGGCUGCGCAGAAGCCCACCGCUGGGGUCGUGUAGCACGCUAGUGGCUGUGUGGCCCCUCAGGGCGACUCUGGGGAUCGUUUUCGGCCCGUGCGGCCCGGAAGGACAGCAGGGUGGGUCCUCGCUACUCUGGGGCCGUGUUCCCUGCGUGCCUCGGUUCUGGGCUGACGGGGACACUGUGUGCGGUGCCUGUGAGGUGGCGCUGAGUAGCGCGGGUGGCGUGAGAGGGCCUGGCCCCGCGCUGGCGCCCGGGGGUGCCUGUUCUCCACGUGUGCACGGCCGGUCCCAGCUCUGCUUGUUACACUCUGCAGCAGCGGGUCCCGGGGCGUCUGCUCCAAGGCCCCGGGUGCUGGCCUCUGGCCACCUGGUGCUUCCCCGUUGGGAUUCAGUCUUCAGAGCUGCCUGCUUCGGAGGCCUUCCGGAGCAGUACUACAGCCUCACCUGGUUCCUGAGCCCCGUCCUCGGCCUCUUCUUCACGCCCAUCAUCGGCUCCGCCAGCGACCGCUGCACCCUGAGCUGGGGCCGCCGGCGGCCUUUCAUCCUGGUCCUGUGCAUCGGCGUGCUCUUGGGCGUGGCGCUCUUCCUGAACGGCUCUGCCAUCGGUCUGUCCCUCGGCGAUGUCCCCAGCCGGCAGCCCAUUGGCAUCGUCCUCACCGUGCUGGGGGUGGUCAUCCUGGAUUUCAGCGCCGAUGCGACCGAGGGCCCCAUCCGUGCCUACCUGCUGGAUGUGGUGGACAGUGAGGAGCAGGACAUGGCCCUCAACAUCCACGCCUUCUCUGCCGGCCUCGGCGGGGCCAUCGGCUAUGUGCUGGGGGGGCUGGACUGGACCCAGACCUUCUUGGGCGACUGGUUCCGGACGCAGAACCAGGUGCUUUUCUUCUUCGCGGCCAUCAUCUUUGUGGUGUCGGUGGCCCUGCACCUGUUCAGCAUCGAGGAAGAGCAGUACAGCCCCCCGCAAGAGCGGGGUGGGGAGGCGGCCGGCACCCUGCCCCCCGCCGCCCGCGUGAAUGUUCUGGAUGGAGGCGUCGCCUUGUUCCCGGAGGAGGUGCAGUCCGAGCACGAGCUCUCCCUGGACUUCCUGGGUGUGGACAUGGUGCGGAGCAAGAGCGACUCUGUGUUGCACGUGCCGGACGCUGCCCUGGACCUGGAACCCGAGCUGCCCUUCCUGCCCGACAUCGAGCCCUCCAUCUUCCACGACGGCUCCUACCCCAGCACCCCCCGCAGCAGCAGCCAGGAGCUUCCCUGGACCAGGCCGUACCGCCUGGCCUCCGUGCUCAGGGAAACCGCAAAGGAGGACGCGACGCUGCUCGAUAAUCACUUGAACGAAGCCAAAGUCCCCAACGGGAGUGGCUCUCCCCCGAAGGACAGCCUCGGGGGCUACACCAGGGUGGCCCCGAAACCCACGGCCGCGUCCGGCUCCAUGAGGCGGCGGAGGCACAUGUUCCACCGGCAGGCCUCCAGCACCUUCUCCUACUACGGCAAGAUCGGCUCCAACUGCUACCGCUACCGACGGGCCAACGCCGUGGUCCUCAUCAAGCCCUCGCGCAGCAUGAGCGACCUGUACGACCUGCAGAAGCAGCAGCGGCAGCGGUGCCGGCACCGGAACCAGAGCGGGGCCACCACCUCCAGCGGGGACACGGAGAGCGAGGAGGGGGAGGGCGAGACCACCGUGCGGCUGCUCUGGCUGUCCAUGCUCAAGAUGCCCAAGGAGCUGACGCGGCUGUGCCUCUGCCACCUGCUCACCUGGUUCUCCGUCAUCGCCGAGGCCGUCUUCUACACCGACUUCAUGGGCCAGGUCAUCUUCGAAGGGGACCCCAAGGCCCCCUCCAACUCGACCGCCUGGCAGGCCUACAACGCCGGCGUGAAGUUGGGGUGCUGGGGCCUGGUGAUUUACGCGGCCACCGGCGCGAUCUGCUCAGCCCUGUUACAGAAGUACUUGGACAACUACGACCUGAGCAUCAGGGUCAUCUACGUGCUGGGGACGCUGGGUUUCUCCAUCGGCACGGCCGUGAUGGCCAUGUUCGCCGACGUCUACGUCGCCAUGAUCAUGAUCAGCACCAUGGGCAUCGUCUCCAUGAGCAUCUCCUACUGCCCCUACGCCCUGCUCGGGCAGUACCACGACAUCAAGGAGUACGUCCACCACAGCCCUGGGAGCUCCAAGCGUGGCUUUGGCAUAGACUGUGCCAUCCUCUCCUGCCAGGUGUACAUCUCCCAGAUCCUGGUGGCGUCCGCCCUCGGGGGUGUGGUCGACGCCGUCGGGACCGUGCGCGUCAUCCCCAUGGUGGCCUCCGUGGGCUCUUUCUUGGGCUUCCUGACGGCCACGUUCCUGGUGAUCUACCCAGACGUGUCGGUAGAGGUCAAGGAGGAGCAGAAAGGCCUGUCUUCCCAGCCUUCGGGGGAGAGCGGGGGCGGCGGCGAGAAGCCCACCGUCCUGAGGCUGACCAGGAAGGAGGGCCAGCCGAGGAAGGUGGAGACGGAGUCGAUGGUCUGAGCCUCGCCCCUGCGCGCACACAUUCCAGGGGGGGUGGCGGGCGGGGCGGUCGCCGUUGCUUCGGUGGCUGCGCGCUCGAGCCAGAGUUCCUUCGCGAGACGGGUGGAGACGCGGUAGCUGUAGGGUAGGGUCGGGCCGCGAGGCAAAAACACCACGCUAAUUACUUUGUCCACGAUUAAAGAAAAUCAUUUGAAAUCUUUUUUUUUUUUUUUUAAUUGAAAGAGAUCUUGUAAUUUCACCUCUUUCAUUCUGCAGGUAUAUUAUUCUGCAUGUUUUUAAAUUAUAAACCAGAUUUACAAUAGCGACAAGCAGUUUAGAGAAAAAUAAGAUGUUCAUUUCUAAGGUUACAAUUGAAAACCAAAAUAACCUGCUGUCCUUUGCCGUUUGUUACCUGAGUACUCCAGGUGGCAGUCACGCAGUCCGGGACUAAAAUCUCUUUAUCAUGUUCUCUCUGGACGCCUGCAGGUAUCUGGACUUUCUGUCAGAUCUCCUGUCUUGUUGGUGCUGCAGCUAUUGGAGAGUAUUUUCCUUUAUGAUUAUUUUAGAAGAAAAGUUUUCCUUUCAAAACUGGUUUUCUUAGGAGAAACAGCAUUUCCUCUUGUCCUCAGAGAUUCUGACAGACGGUGCGUGGGGCAGCCCUGCCUCUGGGCAGCGGGAGGCGGCGGCCGCCCCCCACCAGCGCCCGGGGGAGGCAGGGCCCAGGCAGGUGCAUGCGCGUGUCCGUGCCCCGACCCCCGACCCCCCGACCCCCCGACCCCGGAGAGGCUGUGGGCUCUUCAUUGCACUUUGACCCGUGUUUAAACCGUUUGCUGGGGAAAUCAUGAGGGCAGAGCUCCAGGAGUGGCCUCGCCCCCUGGGUCCUGCCGCCAGGCCUACCUCGGGUGUGUGGGACGGCGGCCCCGGGCGUGUGAGCUCCUGCUGGGCCGCCUCUGACCUCUUCUGACCUCUUCGCCUGCUCACCCCGCUUGACGCCGGAACCCGAACGGUUGCCAGGUGUCCGGGACGGAAGGAAGGGCCGCCCCCCCGGAGGACUCUGCCCCGUUUCUGCUUUCCGCGUAUGAGCCAGACGCGGACUUUGGGGAAGUGCGGUCAUCAGAUGCUGCAGCUACUUGGAAACGCUUUUCAAACCACGGUCUCUUUAUAACUCGGCGGUUUCUGCCUCUCUUACUUGGAAUGGUCAGUCUAAGCCUCCUGGUGUCACCUGGACACAGACAGUGGUGAUACUUCGCUGCCUCGAGUUUUUUUAAAUAAAGAACUUUUAAGAUGCAUGAGGAACCAUGCUGCAAUAUGAUCAUUCUAAAGCAAAUAUAUAUCUAUAUAUAUAUAUUUCAAGAUGAGACUAAGCAGUUUUUAAAUAAAUUACUUGAAUUUUCUGUGUA